GGGAUAACACACUUGUAAAUCAUGCAAAAUACUUCAUGUACCUGUGUGGUUUUACAAUCAGUCACGUCCCUCUGUCUUGUGAAUAGUAUCGUGUGUCAGAUGGAGAUCAGUUUCCUGCAGCGUCAUCUGACACCCCUGAAAGACAACUUUCUGCCCCGAGUGAGUCAGGUGACCAAGCGUUCGGAUACAGUCGCACGUUGAGAUCCCGUCUGCCUCCAUUGUGGCAGCACAGUAGACAAGAUGACGUUCAUCGCCAAGACCUUCUACGACCUGAGGGCCACCACGCUGGAGGGAGACUCGGUGGACUUCAACGUGUUCAGGGGACGGGUGGUGCUCAUAGAGAAUGUGGCCUCGCUCUGAGGCACCACCACCCGGGACUUCAGCGAGCUCCACCAGCUGCAGAGCAAGUAUCCCCAUCGGCUGGUGGUCCUGGGUUUUCCCUGCAACCAGUUUGGAUACCAGGAGAACUGUUCCAACAGUGAGAUCCUGAACUCCCUGCAUCACGUGCAUCCCGGCAGUGGCUUCACGCCCAACUUCACCGUCUUUGAGAAGUGCGAUGUCAACGGAACAAACACACAUCCGGUCUUUGCCUAUCUGAAAGACAAACUCCCCUAUCCUGAUGAUGACCCCACCUCCCUCAUGCAGGACCCCAAAUUUCUGGUUUGGAGUCCCAUCAGCAGGGCGGACGUAUCCUGGAACUUUGAGAAGUUCCUCAUCGGGCCGGAAGGAGAGCCCUUUAAAAGAUACAGCAAGAAGUUCCCCACCAUUGACAUCGAGCCUGAUAUUCAAAGACUGUUGAGAUUAACUAAGAGCAAAGAAUAGCCUCUAUCUCCUAAUGACAUUUCAUCUAUAACUGUCAGAGCUGGCACACUGUCCUCCACACUUUUAAGUCUUAGUACAUGAGGGUGAUAUUCUGAAAAUUUAAGGGAAUAUCAUCUGAGGCCUUAUAAGUGCUUAACAGUCGUGGAUGAAUAAUUUCAGUGUAUUUUCAAACUUUGUGGAAACAUAUUGUCAUAUAAAGACAACAGUAGUUUUAUAGUACAGUUCAAGUUUAAAUAAAUGGGCUGUAUUUAAGGAAAAUGGUCACUUGGGUGUUUGCAUAUUCUUGUUCUAUGCCAGGGUGGCCAGUAGAUGGUGCAACUGAUUAAACCGUGCAGGCGGAAAACUUCUGUUAAGCUUUUAUUAACAUUCACCACACAUGCACUCACUAAAUGUUUGCGCUGGAAUAAAACCCUAAAAACUAAA